AUGAUUGACACCGCGUCUACUCAAUACAAUCUUGACUCUGAGUUGAUGACCCCGGUCAAUAUGGGCCCACUUCAUCCUAUUAUGAUCGACUCGCCCUUCCGUUACAUCGAUAUAAUUUCCCCACAAGAUCGUGUGGAUGUCUUCGAGGGCCUUUCCUCGUCGCAGAACUUCGAUCCCGCCAUGACAAGAACGAAUCCUCCGAAGCAGCUCUCAGAUGUAUUAGCCAAUCGACUACAAUUCGCGGUGGAUGUGCUCCGGAACAUCCCCAAAAUGGUAGUCACCGAGAACCAGACUCCAUGGUGUCACGGUCAGCUUUAUAAAAGUGGUAUGCCGAAGGACAUGCAAGAUGCAUUCGCUUGUUGUUCUCUCUACAUGGCCAAAAAUGAAAUAAAUUCACCGGUUUUGAUGUCAAUCUUCGAUGCUCGCAUAAACGAUCUUCUCUCUUCACCACCGCCAACCACGCCACUGGAACUGCUUGCUCGAAUCCACGCGCUUGUUCUAUACUUGAUAAUGCGUUUAUUUGACGGUGGCAUCCGCACACAACCAUCCUCGGAAUCCCUAUUGGCUCUACUCGAGGCAUCGGUACUAUCUCUUUUCAACUGCAUCCAUAUUCCACUCCCCUCACAGCCCUACGAGCUACUACCUAUCUCCAUGGAACCAAUAAUGAGCUUUUGGGAAUCAUGGGUAUUCCAAGAAUCAGCGCGGCGGACUGUGAUGAUGGUGUUCUACUUUGUGAAGAUCCAACACUUCUUACAAGGAAAGCCACUCUCCACCUGUGAUGGGAAGCUUGGACUCGAGCAUGCAUGGUAUCAGUCUGCGCAUUUAUGGAAUGCACAAAGUGCCUUCGAUUUCGCAGUGGCUUGGACGGAAAACCAACACUUUAUUGUGUAUAAUGCAGAUUUUACAGGACUGCUUCAGGAAGCGAAGCCAGACGAUGUGGACUUGUUUGGGAAGAUGCUUCUUAUGACUAAAUUGGGGAUUGACGAAACAAAAGCUUGGUUUUAUUCAAGGGGCGGUGUGUUAUAA